CUUAAGGUCAGGCGCGGUAAGUAUAGGAGUGUCAUAUUGUGUUUAACAGAGUAUGUAACGGGACGUAUUCUGAAACAUUUUGGUACGCUUCAGAAGUUGUUUUUACUUUAGUUGUGUUUUGGAACACUGUUGGAAGAAUGGCAACUACACAGUCCAUCUUAACCUUUGCAGUUCUCUUUCUGACCAUUUCAGAGUUUAUAUUGGCAAAAAAAGAUUAUUAUGAUGUUUUAGGUGUGCCAAAGACUGCAUCAGAUCGCCAGAUCAAGAAGGCUUUUCAUAAGCUUGCUAUGAAGUACCAUCCUGACAAAAACAAGAGUCCCGAUGCAGAAACAAAAUUUAGAGAAAUUGCAGAAGCAUAUGAAACCUUGUCUGACGAGAAGAAAAGAAAGGAGUAUGAUCAGUUUGGCCAUCAAGCUGUUAAUGGAGGUGACCAAGGAGAUUACCAGCGUCCAUUUAGUUUCAAUUUUAACUUUGAUGACCUCUUUAACAAUGACUUUUUUGGGCAGAGCCACCAUGGUCAUCAUAAGAAACAUUUUGACAGCCACUUCAGAGCACAUCAAGAAGCCCAAAACAGACACAAACAACAUUUACAUGAAUUUUCCUUUGGAGGAGGUCUCUUUGAUGACAUGUUUGAGGACAUUGAAAAAAUGUUUUCUUUUGACAGUUUUGGCAACACGCACAGGAGUACAGUGAAAACGGAGACCAAGUUCCAAGGCACUCGCAAACAGCACUGUAGGACUGUGACACAGCGCAGAGGAAACAUGGUCACAACCUAUACAGAUUGCUCUGGGCCGUGAAUUCUUGCAUCAUGAAUUCAUGGUUUUGUAACUUUGAGAUAAUGGCCUUGUGUUGACAUGGCAGAAUGCAAAACCAAUAAAAAUUGCUGUUUUCCAACUGUAUAAUAUCCUGAUUUGACAUGCACGCUAGCAGUACAGCACUGUCCUACAUUGUUGGCUGUUUCACAUGUGCACUGAGCAUGCUUGGUGUCAGUUGCACAUUACAUAUGUUUACUUAAACAGUAUGGAAAACAUACUUGCCGUAAGUAAAAUGGGAGGGAACACUUCAGUUUCAAAAUAAGAAAUGCAUUUUUUGUUCAUACCUGAAUCUGUAGCUUGUCAUUUGUCUUAAUUUGCUGACAUUUUGCUGAUGUAAUUACAGUAUCGUGAUCAUAUCAGCAGCAUUGAACUCCAGUACUCUGUAUUUUGUAUAUUGUCAGUGUAAUAAGGGGUCACCAUCUUAUUUUUUACUAGCAGCUCUUCAAAAAGAUGCUGUUAGGUUUUUUAGUAACACAUCUUAGCUUGACCGUUUUCUUUAGAACUUUGAGAUGUCUUCUGCCUUUUAAAUGGACCCUUACAUUGUUGUACUAUAGUAGUUGAUUGUAUCUGAUAAUCUGGCUAGUCCUCAUGGACAGAGUGCAUCAUCUGUGCUCAUUGGGCUAUGGUGCUGUUUGGGCAGCUGUUGAUGAAGGAAUCUGGUUGUGGCUUUCAUGAUAAAUGGUCACAAGGUGUGUUACUGCUGUCACAGUGUGUCUGCCUAAGGACUUGAAUAAGUCCAAGAUAUAAUACAAGACUGCUGUGUUCUCAAAUAUCUUCAGAUGGAAUCUUGAGAUACCAUGCUAGUUUUAAUCAAAAUUAGGCCUUUUUCCUCAGUGUGGGCUAUAAACUUUGCUUGUCACAGCAACCUAGUCCUGUGACUAAGUGGCUUUAAGCCAAGUGCUCCAGGUAUAAUAAAGAUUUUUAGAAUUAAAAUGCGUAUUGCAUUAGAUAUACCUGUUUGUCAUUUUAUUUGUAGUUUUUAAUGUCUUAAAAUGCCUUUUGUUUAACCUUUUUGACAAAGUGUGUGGAAGUGUUUGACUAGAGAGCGAGAAAAGAAAAAACUUCAGUACACCUUUUGUGUUUGCUCCACUGCUGUGGUAUUAGGUGUACCCAUUGCUGUGGUAUUAGGUGUACCCACGAUAAAGAAAUGCCACUUAUGUACACCCUUGAGUUUAAUGUUCAAAUACUAUUGAGUAAAUGAUCAGAAAAAUGAUUCGUAGUAAAAAAAUAAAACUUGGCAAACAGUUGCUUGAAGCUGCAUAAACUGAUGCAAACAUUUUUUUCCUGCUGCCUUUUAUGAAAUCUUGAGUGUCAAGACCUUACUUUUCUAAUAUCCUUUCAUCUUUCUAAGAAAGUUUCAACUCUGCUAGCGUGUGUGAAAUUGAUUUGGAGAAAAGAAUGUUUUAUUGGUUUUGCUAAAUUUGCACAAAUGUGUGUGAUAUACUCAGGAACAGCUAUGGUUUAGAAUGCACAGCUUGCUCCUGCUUUCUUGUGUGCAUUUAUUCUGAGUAGCGUCAUUGUAGUGUCCUGCAUCACACUUUUGUUACCUCAUAUCUUUUCCUCCUAGUACAGCCUGUAAGAUUUUUACAUGGUCUGUCAUAAGUGCAAUAUUAAUAGUUCUAAAAAAGACAAAAAUGUACUAUUUAGUUUUGUGUAUUUAUUCGGAUGCAGGUUCUUGCUUUGUAUAACUUGCUGAAACUUAAUUGUCCUUGCACUUUUCCAUAGCAACAUGAGUAUUAAUACUUAAAUCUUCAGAAAUUUUGUGAAAAUGGAGAUUUGACUUCCAAAAUGUGACAUAAAUUGAGAAAUAAACACAUUUUAAUCCA